AAAAAAUGUUCUCUGCUCUUGAAAUUGUCAAUAAGACCCGCAAAUAGGAGGCGAAUGUUUUUGUUCGUCGAGCCGGAGAUCGUGAGUCCGUUUGAAAUAAUAUCUCGUAAUUACCAAAUCGGGGAUGUCGAGGGAUAAGACCGCGUGCGAAGAUAUCGUUGUAGAUUUAAAGGCAUUCGAGAGGAGACUGACGGAGGUGAUAGCAAGUUUACAUCCGUCCACGACCAGAUGGAGAAUUGUGCUGGUGGUGGUUUCAAUAUGCGUCGCUACGGGCGCCAGCCAGUGGAUUUUCGACCCGGACACCCGCGUAGUCUCGCUGUCGCAAUCUCUGUCGAAUCACCCGUUCUUUAUCCUGUCCACCGUCAUUUUAAUGAUAAUUCUCCUCCUCGGGGUCCAUAAACGGGUAAUAGCGGCCUCUAUAAUAACGGCGAGAACCCGCGAAGUAUUGAAGGACUUCAACAUGUCCUGCGACGACACGGGAAAAUUAAUAUUGAGGCCUCGCCCCGUGAGCAUCACGUGACACUCCGCGUUCCUUCAUUAAUUGAAUGUGUUUUAUUUGCGUAACUUACUUUAACGUAAUAACAAGAUAAAUUUUUAAAUAAAAUUAUUAAACGA